AUGAUCGUCAGUGCGUGCAUCAGUCCUCUGUCGUGGGCCUACCCCGUCGAGAUCAUGAACACGCCGAUCGGUGCCAAGGAUACGGUGCGCACCUCCAUGGCGUGCUGGAUCGCCAACUUUAUGAUCGGGCAGGAAAUGGACCAUUACUUUGAGAUCACGCAAUGGUUUGUCCCUCUUGCCAUGUACGAGGGCAUCGACGCUGGUGCGCGUGAGCGCGAGCUCGCUGCGGCCGGGGAGAACGCUGACGAUGGGGAGAGCAUCGAGCACUGCGAGAGCGUGUAG